GGAAGGAAACCAGCAGCUGGAGGUGACCAAAGGAGCCGGCAGCCAUGGAGGGGUUUCGUCCUCGGAGUGUCUUCGUGACGGGCUCCGACCGGGGUCUCGGCCUGGGGAUGGUGGAGCGCUUCCUGGAGAUGCCCGAUCCCCCCGAGUGGGUCUUCGCCACCAGCCGCGACCUGGACAGCCCUGAAGGCAAGAUGCUGCAGAGGAUGGCUUCACAGCAUCCAAACCUGGUGGUGCUCCAACUUGAUAUCAGGGACCUGAAGAGCAUAGAGGCCGCUGUCCAGAAGGUCAAGGAACAUGUGGAAGAAAAUGGGCUGACACUGCUCAUAAACAAUGCUGCCAUUUUGAUCAAAUUCACCACUUUGGCAAAUGAAACCAUCAAGAACAUGACCGAUGUCUACCUCACAAACACCAUUGGGACCUUGCAAGUCGCCCAGGCCUUCCUCCAUUUGCUGAAGAAAGCGGCCCUGAAAAGCCCCCAAAGGGAAGGGCUGAGCUGCAGCAAGGCCGCCAUCAUCAACAUCUCCAGUGACUUUGCUUCCCUGGAAAAAAUGUCUGGUUGGCAUCUCUCUCAAGUCAUCUCCUACCGCUGCAGCAAGACUGCAGUGAACAUGCUGACCCGGUGCCAGUCCUUGGAGUACAAGCCGCUUGGGAUUUUCGCCAUGUCCAUCCAUCCUGGCUGGGUGAAAACGUCCAUGGGGACAAUGCUGGUCCCACAAACCGUGGCAGAGAGUUCCUCUGGGAUCGUGAAAGUGCUUUCCUCCAUGACGGAAAAGGACACAGGCUCCUUCAUUGACUGGGAGGGCAACGUUGUCCCUUGGUGAAGCAAAGGAGUUGCAGGCAAUGGACGCUGGAAAGCUC